AUGGCUUCAGACUCCUCUCACUGCCCGAGCAGAGCACUGACCAAUACCCCUCUACACCUGAUCGCAUCCAUCAUCCCCUCCUCCUCCGUACCCCUCAGGAACAAGAACGCCGACUACGUGGCACCUACCCCUCAGAACACUCCCCUCAGCAAUGCUCCGCUGACCAGGGAAGCUCUGUCUCGACCUACCGUGGGAACCAUUGGCGAGGAGAAUGAGGAUGGAGCUGAACUUACCGGAGCUCUGCAAAAUCUGGAUCUGAGUGGUCUCGUCGAGAACAGGCUUGGCAACUUGGUCGGUCGUUCCUCUGGCUACAUUGAGAGCUUGCCACCACACAUCAAGCGACGUCUAGAAGGUCUGAAGGGUCUCCAGGUCGACCACACCAAGAUCGAGGCCGAGUUCCAGAAGGAGAUCCUGGAGCUGGAGAAGAAGUACGCCACUCGCUAUGCUCCUCUCUAUGAGCGAAGGUCUGCCAUUGUCAAUGGUCAGGAGGAGCCGACAAAGGAGGAGGUGCUCAAGGGAGAGGCUUCUGAGGCUGACGAAGAAGAUGAGGACGAGGAGGAGAAGACUUCGUACGCUGAUGUAGAGACUCCAGCUGAUGCUGAGAAGGGUAUCCCUGAGUUCUGGCUCACUGCUCUCAAGAACCACGUUGCCCUGUCGGAGCUCAUCGAGGAGAAGGACGAGGAGGCCCUCAAGGCUCUGAUUGACGUGCGCAUGACCUACCUCACCGAUGCCUCUGGCUUCAAGCUCGAGUUCGUCUUUGACCCAUCCAAGAACGAAUUCUUCACCAACAAGUCCUUGACCAAGACUUACUACUACCAGGAUGAGAUCGGAUACUCUGGUGACCUGGUGUACGACCACGCCGAGGGAUGCGAAAUUGACUGGAAGGAGGGCAAGGAUCUGACGCACAAGGUUGAGACAAAGAAGCAGCGAAACAAGAACACCAACCAAACACGAACGGUCAAGCGCUCGGUCCCCACCUCAUCCGUGUUCAACUUCUUCAACCCUCCCAAGCCUCCCAAGGGCGACGAAGCUGAUGAGACUACCGACUUCGAUGAGAUUGACGAGCGUCUGGAGCUCGACUACCAGAUCGGAGAGGACCUCAAGGACCGCAUCAUUCCCCGUGCCGUCGACUACUUCUCGGGCAAGGCCUUGGCCUACGAAGAUCUCGACGACGAUGACUUCGAGGAUGAGGACGACGAAGACGAAGACGAGGAGGACGAUGAUGAUGAGGAAGAGCGCCCCAGGUCGACUGCUUCGCAGAUGGCCGGCAGCCAGGACCCGCAAGAAUGCAAGCACCAGUAA